GGCGUGCACAAUCUGUGUCAUGAGGGUGUUAGUGUGCACUGGGGAGGAUCUACAGGCAGUGAGCUGUGAGGAGAAAGUGAGAAGAAAUCCCUCCUGUGUUGAUUAAACAGGGAAGGUGUGCCUUCUCAGAAAUGUGAAUGUUGUUUGAAAGGCAUCUUCAAGGCACUUUGUUAAAGACUGACUGGCUGAAGGCCGAAUAUCCCGACUGCUCCGAGCCUUUUACAUCAGCAGAUUUGUCUCCAUGGAUACAAAGCCCCUGACGUGGCACGACCCGGAUCCUGCCAAUUCAUGUGAUGAGGGGGUCACUGAGUCCGAGAUGCUGGGCGACACAGGUGCAGCCAUAAGAUACGGCCCCCUUGUGCAGAAUAAAAAGGCACCAAGGGCAGAACCUGAAGAGGAUAUAGACAUGGAUAUGCAGGAGUCUGGAGCUCUGCAGGAAAACCAAACACCUCAAAGUACUGAAACAGCUAAUGCGACCAGAGCAGAAAAUCACGACUCAAUAGUAAUUAGUCUCUGCACCCCUGGAGAGACACAGGAGAUGGUGACAGAGCUAGAACAAAUUUCCAACAAACUAUCACAAGGGUUAGAGGAACAUAAAGUGAGUCAGUGUGAGGAUUUUUUCCCACCACCUCCUCCCCUCGGAGUCCUAUCACCAGAAGAAUGCCCUGAAAAAGGCUUUUCUAUAGAUGGGGAUGUGGCUGAAUGGAUCAGUGACACUGACAUCAUCACAGACCCAACAGAUGAUUUAGUGUCUUCUGAUAGCCAGUGUGGUCAGGAAUGGCAGACUGAUCAGUUCACUGAGCCCAUUAAUGGAGCUGUGGAUUCAGAGGAGAUGAUACAAGAUAGUGAGACAGCAGAGGAGACUGCUGUACUGCUCAGCUCCUUACCAGAUGGUUUUACCGACAGCAAACCUGAAAGUAAUCUGUCAGCUCCUGGAACAAAUUCAACUGCUCACCAGUUUCCCCCUGAGAGAAACGACUUCAAUGAUUUACAUAUUGUCAGUUCCCCACCUUAUGCUGAUGAAAGUGAGGAGGAAGAGGAAGUGAAGUUUACGCUUUGCCAGCUCCAAUCAGGUGCAGAAGACAUCAGCAGCAGUUUCUUUGAUUCUACUGAACAGGACUUUGCUGCCACAGUGCCUGCAUUUCCCAUAGACAACCAGCAGGAGGAGUUAUCACCACAAAGCCGAUGUAAACCAGCACCCAGGGGAGCAAACCAGGAAGUUGCACAACAGGUGCUUAGCCAGGGCUCUCCACCUUUGUCAACUGUUGCCAUGGAGCUGUCCAAUCAAGACGGACUAGGUGCCCAAGGCUCUGGUUGUGCUGUAGCUGUGAGAGAAGGGAACAGUAGGGCGGGGCAAAGGACAGAGGGAGAAAGCCAACAAACAGGUGGGGAGGAAGGGCAGACAGAAAGUGGACUGGAAACGGACAAGGCGGCAGGGCAGAAACCUACCAGAGGACUGUUAAAACCUUCAAAAUCUGUCCAUACUCAGGAGCCGAAGGAAGAAAAACACAAGUGUGUGUCUUUUAAAUGCAGCAGGAUGGAGAGCGACUCAUGUGAUGACAGCCAGAGUGACAGUGGAGUUUCAGCGGACUUCUCUCCAUGUAGCACUUUGGAGAGCAGCACCACCAUCCCUAAAGGCAGUCCAGCCACUGUACUCAAAGAAACUCCCAUUGAGAGGGAGAUCCGAAGAGCUAUAGAGCGUGAACACAGCCUGAGAAGAUCCAGAGGGCUCCCAAAUCGGCCAACUUCCCCAGAGUAUGUAGAAAUCCCUUUGAGAAAAGCUGUUCUCUGCCAGUCUUCAACUGCUAAGAGUGAGAGAAGUCAAGGCAAAGACAGAGAGUAUGCAGGCAAAAAGAUGCAGCAUGAAAUCCACGAGGAGGUCCGGAGGGAGGACGAUCUGGUCAAGCUUGGAAAAGUUCCAGGCUUUUAUGACAAAGGUACAGUCCGUCUACUUAAAGAGAGGAAGCAGCUUUUUGAGGCCUUUCAGAAACCAAGUGAGUCCACUUUAGCAAUUUUACCAAAGUGCAAAGCCUUAUCCUGGUCAUCUGCCAGUGAUCAUCCCACCCUGGAGGUUCAGGAGGACUUAUCAUCGCAAGCCUCCCAUGGACAGAGGAGCAAAGAGCUGCUGAGUCCAACACAAAACCCAAACUCUGACAACGGAUCGGCUUCCACUAAUCCCCCUGCAAGAGGACCAAGUUUUUCAGAGGGGACGAACUGCCCGGUCAUCAUCUUAGAGAAUAAUCAGCACUACCACAACAAAACAGAAGCCAUCACUGCUCCUGACUCCAGUGCUCCUUUUGUCUCAGGAGGAUGUGGUAGUGGGAUUACAGUGAUAGUGCAGGAAAAGGAAGAGGAUGAGGAGGAGGAAGGGAAGGAUCUGGUACCCAAGGAGAACCCCUUUUUCAAGCUGCGCUCCUCCGCGGCUUUAGUUAAAGUAGAGCAGGAUAUCCGGGAAGCUCAAGAGAGGGAAAGGGAGCUUCGUAAGCAGAGGAUCAACUUGUAUGGGGACACAAGGGGGACAAAAGGAGACCAAGGAGGAGGUGGUGGAGGAGAAGGAGGGGGAGGAGGGGGGAGGCCAGCCAGUAUGGAGGCACAGAGUAAUACAUUGUCUACUUCUUCACUGAAUGGAUUGGCUGUUCCUGACUUACCUGGCCCGUCCCAGAGCGGGGUAACAAGACCCCCAGCAGCACACCAGUCAGUUGGAAAGCUGGGUGUAUGGCCCCCGGCUUCAGCUGGAGAAAAGAAGAUUAGCCAGCCGGAGGUCCCCCAUAGUCCCCGGACACCUAGACAGAAGACCCCUCUAGUACAGCGCUGGGAGUCAGGCUUGAUCAAUGGACACAAUCCAGAAGAUAACUGAGAGCAGCAUGGAAGGAGGAAGGUUUACCACGACCCUGCCUUUUGAAGUGAAAGAGCUGAAAGAUGGUGACAUAAAAAAGAGAGAGCACAGUAAAAGAAGAGUGGGGACAGACUAAAGGAGAGAGCAAUGAUGAAGACAAGGAAAGACAGAAUGUGAAGUGAGAAAGAGGUCAGGGAUUGAGGCUAGAAAGGGGGUCAGGAGGAUUGGGAGCAAGGAAAAGGAUUGGUGGUGGACUGAAUACCCUGAAAAGUCCUUCAACGUUGAAGAGGAGAGGAGAGGGAAAAGGAGGAGGCAGGCCGCCUAUCAGUGUCUAAGCACUUGUCCUGUUUCUGAUGCUGUUGGAUAGACUAAUGAAUGUAUAAAAAAAAGCAAAAGAUCUGAUUAAUCUUGCACUGAUGAAGAAAGAAAUGUAAAUCUAUUAAUGAAUUUAAUUACUACCCGAUUUUUUUUUAAAUAAAGACAUGAUUUAUUGUACGAGGCAAAGUUAAGUGUUUAGUACAUGAUACUAAAAACAUAAUAAUGAUAAAGUAAAGAUUACACCCAUAGUUUCUGUUUCGAUCACAGUUCAUUCUGAUUUAAUAGUUUAUUACAGCUGUACAACCUAAUGCUGACACACCCCUGCAGUGAAUCUUAUCUUGGGCUACACAUUGUUCAUGCAAUUUUGCAAUCAUUUAAAGGCUGGAUGAGGCAGUGUCUUGUCAUUGGUACCUAUUGCAUUUACGUACAGUGCGUACCAAAGGUGGGGGACUUAAGUCACACAACUUGACUGAAGUCCCAAUUUUAUGACAUGAUAAUUACUGGACAAACAAUAACGAAAGACUCGACUUGACUUAGAAUUUAUAUUCACCUGGCUUGACAUGAUAUUGACUUGUGGCAGACAAUUUGACAAGUCAUCCAGCUCAGGAACUUACUGAGGUACUGACUGUUUUUAGUGUGUUUUGUGUCAAUCAUCAUUAAGCAGCCUGCAGCAGAAAUAGAAACACAGAAUGCAGUGGACUAUAAAUGUCACUCAUCAUUAUAGCUCAGUCACAAGGAUUUAAUUGAUAGCUCAACUUUGUAUGUGAGAUCAACCAUCAGAAGUUCAUAUGACAUCAUUUGUCCUAAACUUUCUCUACCUUAACAAUGACUUGACUUGUCUUGUUUGGCUUUUAGCAGCAACUUGAUUGGACUUAUGAUUUGCUUGAGACUCCAUCCCCACACUACCAGACAGUUUUUCUAGACAUACUGUAUAUUUUCUUCCUCUGGAAAUAUCUCUAUCCACAGGACUUAUGUUUUACAAAAUUUCUCAUAUCACACAGCACCACAAGAAUGAUAACAAACUGGUGAAAACAUUUAAACCUAAAUCUGCUGGACUU